AGCAGCUAAGGGGAUAGAUGAUUCUGUUGCAGAGGAAGCAAGUGAAGAGAAGGAGCUGGAUCCGGGACCCCUAAUGGAGGGAUCGGUGUGUGUUGGCCGCACAGCCUUCGCACGCAUGCAGGCAGAUGUUGACAGACAAGGUGGCCGUGUACUGUCGGACCCCAUGACACGGGAAAUCCAACGUUCCCAUAGGUACACCAGACUACUACGAAAGGCCCGUCAGGAGGAUCUGCGCACAGUGCGAGAAGCACGUUUCUUUUAUGAAGCUGGGCGAGAUCGAAGGGGGCGCCCUGUGUUUGUCUUUGUGGGGCGGAGGUUUCGAGGCUUGAACCCAGAACAUGUGCUGCUGCAAAUCCUGUUUACCUUGGACACAGUCACACAGGCAUUUGUGGCUGUGUACCUUCACACCGUGGCGCAAGAGCCACCCGAGUUGGAAGCUCUUCUGAAAGAUGCGCUCGAGCUGUUGGGCCCCAAGCACAGGCAGAACCUGCACUGCCUCUACCUCGUGCAUCCAGGCUGGUGGACACGGGUGUCAGCAUGGUGGUUCUGCACGUUCCGUGCCCCUGACCUGAGGCAUCGGUUGUGCCUGGUGUCCAAGUUGGAUGAGCUUUACCAGGACAUUGCACCUGACCAGCUGGAUUUGCCACGAUUUGUGCUUGAGCACGAUUUUAUGAUAAAUGGGCCACGGCGACAAGAAAUUGUGCCAGACAUGGAAUAGUCUUCUUGCGUCGUUUUACUAUGUGAUGUCAUGCCACUUUGUUGAUGCUUUUAUCUUUGAUUUUUGUACAGUGGUGAACUCAAAGCUCUUGCCAAAGUGGGAAGCCUGCCUUAUUAUACCGCGUUGCAGUCAGGAUUGUGUGUGCCUUUUCUUUUUUAUUUCUCUAGGGCGGAGUGAUGUGCUUAAGUUCAGUGCAAUUUUUAGGUGUCAUUCUUUCUUGCUAGUCUUCAAAUAAACAGUGGCUCACUGAAUAUCAUUGUGUUCGGAGCUGAUAGGUUACAGCCUUGGCAGCUGUAUAAGACAGGGGCUCAUGCCUUUCUGUUUUAUUACCUGUUCAGAUGACUCAUAAGCUGAUGGACCGGAUAUUUCAUCAGCUGAGCAGGACCUUUUUAAAAAUUGUGUGUAUAUAUAAUAUUUUAUGUCAGGUUAUUCUGUUCGCACAAGUCUGUUAAAUGCAGUGGCCAGAUCUGGGAUAUCAAUAUAUUUUUCCUACAAGACUUGCAGUGUUGAAUCUGUAAACAUUUUUGUAUGUAUAAAGAUUUCGUAUGGCA